AUGAAUCAAUCUGAUAUACAUCUUCUUGAUCUUCCUGAUGAACUAUUAUUAGCUAUUUUAAAGAAACUUAGUAAUAUUGAUGUUCUUUACUCAUUAUUGGAUGUUGAUAACAAUCGACUUGAUAUUAUAGCACAAGAUAAAAUAUUUACUAAUACUAUUAAUCUUACAUCAAUUGAUGAAGUAAUUCUCAAUCGAUUUUGUAAACAUAUAUUAUCUCGAAUUCAUCAUAAUAUUCAAUAUCUUAUACUUGAAUCAUCACUAAUAAAUCGUGUUUUUCACGCUAGAACUUAUCCAAAAUUAACUCAUCUGCAACUUAUUCAAUUUGAUCAAGAUAUUGUUUUACAAUUUUUCAACGACAAAUCAUCAAUUGGACAAACGAUUAAACAACAAAUUACAGAUCUUACACUAAUAUAUAACGAUACCAAUGAUAUCAUACCUAUAUUAAAAGAUUAUACUAUCAAUGUCUAUGCACGUAUAAUAACAUUUUUUGAAAAUUUAAAACAUUUAAACAUUAAAGGUUCAUCAAUUACCGCGUAUCCUGGUAUAUUACUUUAUGAUUUACCAUCUACUAUUUUUUCAUCGUCGAUUUUAACAAAAUUAUGUAUUAAUGUAGCUACUUUUAAUGACUGUCUUUAUUUACUUGAUGGUCGUCUUAAUCAAUUAAAGUCAUUUACUGUUCGAGUUUAUGAUGUUGAUGCUCCAUCAUUGAUUGUUCAUAAUAAAAAUAAUUUAUUUCAAAUGAAAUAUUUUUCAUUAACAUGUCAUAGUCAUAUAUAUACAUAUGAUAAUCGAAUUAUUCCAUUACUUCAUCGUAUGCCAAAUCUUGAACAAUUACUUUUAUGUCUAACCGUUAGAAAUCGUAAUGGUUUAAUUGAUGGUAUUCAUCUUCAAAAUGAAAUUCUUAUUUAUAUGCCAUUUCUUAAAAUUUUUACAUUUGAUAUUCGUACAUGGAAUAUAAUUAAUGGUUCAUUAUUAACUUUAUCGAAUGAUGAUAUUCAACAAACUUUUUCUAAUAUUAGAUAUCAACAAAUAGGUUGUACUGUACGAUAUUUUUUAACAAACAGUGUUCUUUGUCAUGUCUUUACACUUCCAUUUACAUUUGAUUAUUUACAAUGUCUUACAAAUCAUUUUCCAAAUGUCUCAUUUAAUCAUGUUCUUUAUUUAUCUAUAUGUGAUAUAUCACCAUUUGAACAUGAGUUUUUUAUUCGAUUAUCUCAUGCUGUUCCAUUACUCAAACAUCUUACUGUAACAAAUUCAACAGCACAAAUAUGUAAAUCACAAGAACAAAAUAAUAAUCAAUCUUAUUCAAUUAUUGAAUUUAAACAUCUUAAUUUUCUUAGUGUUAUGAAUUCAGAUAUUAGUUAUACAGAACAAUUUUUACUUGAUACAAGAACAUAUCUUCCCUGUUUAACUGAAUUGCGAAUUAAUUAUGAAUACUUAAAAACUGUGACAGAUGAUUUUACUAGAGAGGCUACGCGACUUAAUUGCAGUAAAAUAAAGCGAUUAAUUACAGAAGUGACAUUGAUGCAUUCAAAUGAUCUUUUUAGUUAUUUUCCUUUACUAUCAAAUUGA